AAUAUGUAUGGAUUAAAUUCAAAAUAGCAGAUAUAGUGUAUUUUUUUUAUAAUGCCCGUUUAAUUCGACCCUCCCGUCGUUUCCAUCCCAGCUGGGCACACAAUUCAAUACAGAAUCGGGAGUAAAAAAAAAAAACCUGCAAAGAGGGAAAUGGCGUGUCAAGACUAAAGCUACGCGUUGGCUGCAAAGAAGCAAAAGAGCCAAACAUCGCGGACUGGAUUGAUAUAAAACCCUAAUGACUCUUCCAUCAUUCAUGGGCUGCAAGCUAUGGACUCCGAAAUCGCCAUUGAUUUCCCUCCCUUGCUCCGAUUGUACAAAAAUGGCCGAGUCGAGCGUCUCACCGGGACAGACACCGUCCCCGCAUCCUCCGACCCACAAAACGCCGUCGUUUCUAAAGACGUCGUCCACUCGCCGGAGGACAGUCUCUCCACCCGCAUCUAUCUCCCGUCCGGGAAAACCGCCUCCGCCGGAAAAUUGCCCCUCCUGGUCUACUUCCACGGCGGCGCGUUCAUCACAGGGUCUCCUUUCUCGCCCACUUACCAUAACCUGGUCUACUCCCACGGCGGCGCGUUCAUCACAGGGCCUCCUUUCUCGCCCACUUACCAUAACUUCCUUCCUGCGGCUGUCGCGGCGGCGGAGUGCCUCGCCGUGUCGGUGCAGUACCGUCUCGCGCCGGAGCAUCCGAUUCCGGCUCCGUACGAGGAUUCGUGGUCUGCUCUCAAAUGGGUUUUUUCCCAUUUCUCCAUGUCUGGACCCGAAGUUUGGAUCAACGAACACGCCGAUUUCAACCGAGUCAUCCUCGCCGGAGACAGCGCCGGCGGAAACAUAUCCCAUCACAUGGCCAUGAGAGCCUCCAAGGAUAAACUGAUCCCUGAUUCUGGUUCCGAUUCAGGGUUAGGGAUCGAAGGAAUCGUUCUGGUUCAUCCAUCAUUCUGGGGAAAAGAUCCGAUCGACGAGCAUGAGACGAGGGAUGAAGCGGUGAGGAAGAGAGUUGACGCGAUAUGGGCUAUCGCGAGCCCGAACAGCGAGGAGGGCGCGGAUGACCCGUGGUUCAACGUGAUCGGAUCUGGGUCGGAUAUGAGUGGGUUGGGAUGUAAAAGUGUUACGGUGAUGGUGGCCGGAAAAGAUGCGUUUGCUCGGAGGGGAUGGGCGUAUGCGGCGGCGCUGGAGAAGAGCAGGUGGGGUGGAAAAGUAGAGGUGGUGGAGAAGAAGGAAGAGGGGCAUGUCUUCCAUCUGAUGAACCCUAAAUCUGAGAAUGCAGAAGAGUUGAUGAACAAGUUUGUGGGGUGCAUCAGAGGAUAAGGAAGACGAAGCCAGCCUCGUGGAAAUAGCCAGCGGUUGCAGUAAAUGAAGAAAGGAAGAAAUAACGACUUGACCUUUGUUUUGUAUCUAUUACAAAAGUCAACAGAGCAAAUAAAAAUAAACUGUGAAAACGUCUCCUUAAACGUCCUCUCACCUCGGAAGUACGCAUGGUCCAUAUGAAAAAUAGAGACGAUUACAAGAUUAAAAUAUCCGAUAGAUAAAACUUUUGAAAGAUCGAAAUUAAUUCCAAACUUGUAAAAUGGUUAA